CCGGGGCAUCCUCCUAGACUCAACAACCUGCAGAUUGUUGUCAGAGACCGCCAUCACAUCCAGCAACCAUCCAGUCAAUCAUAGCAGGCAGACGUUUCUGGUCCAGCGUCCAGCUCGCUGAGCCUCUCUCCAGUCAUGGCGUUCCCUCGGCUGUCUGCCUCCAUGCUGUUGGCUUCAUUGAUCCUUCUUCUCUACUGGACGACAUCCUCAGCUCAGUCACAUGAUCCCCCAUCCUCCGUCGUCUCACCCCCCUACAGGGUGAAGAGAGACCAGCCUUUUGAAAACAGAGAGAAAGUGGAUAAAUCUUUGUCAGCGGCAAACAGCUUCCUCAAUGUUGUCAAAGAAGGUUUUGAAAAGAUUGAUCCCAAAAAGUUGACAGGUGUGAUGAAGAGUCUCGCAGACGUCGCCAGUUUGGCACCUGGCGUCGGAGGUCUGGUUGCGUGUUUUGCCAACAUGGUCUUGAUCUUCAUCCCUCAGGAUGACCCGGUGCUGAACGAGGUGAAGAAAGGGUUUGCUGAAGUGAACAGGAAGUUGGACUCUAUCUCCAUCCAGAUCUCCAACCUGGCAACAGACGUAGAAUGGUUUAACUACGCCAGCGUCUACUCUCAAGACGAGCUCCGCAUCCUCAACUCCUGGAAGAAGUUCAAUGAGCUUCUUCAGAACAGUCAGUUGGUACAAAAUGAAGAGCAGAAACUCCGACUGGCAGAGAUAUUCGUCAACUACUAUGAGAACACAGUAACUGAGGCCAGUGUGGCCAACCUCUACCAUUACCUGACGGUCAAAGACACAUCUCUCAGUGGAAACCUCAACAAACUGCUGAGGAAGAAGUUUAAAUGUGACGUUCGAGAGAUCGGCAAAUAUAACGUCUAUUUCAGUCGUUUCCUGUGGAAAGGGAUGGUGCUGAACCAGUUCUACUGGAAACUGAUCGGGUUGGAUUCAUCAGGUAUAGAAGCCAAACACACCCAGAUGUUCAAGAACGUCUAUGCGGCUCAGAAAUCAGCUCUGGAAUACUGCCUGACAAACUAUGAGCGCUACAUGAAGGAAGACGUGGUGGAGAUCAGCAAAGGACUCAGUGCUGACAACAAACAAGCCAUCGCUGUUCAGGUGAAAGAGUUUCUGGAUAACAAGUACAACUGGUACAACUGGGUGGUGAUGGUGUACAACACAGAUACCAGUCAUGAGUUAUAUAAUAUGAUAAAGAUCCCUGUGGAUACAAUCACUGUGAAUGUGGGCUACAUUCAGAAAGGAGACGAGAUAAGUAAAGAACAAGAGUUAGAUGUUUGCUACCAGAGGGAUUAUGAAAAAUAUGCUCCUUCACGUCCACCUAUUCCAAUUACCAUUGACGUGACAACAUGUAAAAAAAUUGCAAAACAAAUAUCGCAGUGCAGUCAUGAUGUGGGUGGUGGUCCCCUUAGAGAGUUUGUUAAAGUGAUGCACGCCAGUUAUGAAGAGAAUUUUGUUCAAGUCCCAGAAGCCCUGCUGAGUCUUGAUUGCAUAGUGGACAAAUGGUAUCAGAAAUACAAGCUCUUCAUCUAUUACUCCCGAACCAUCAAUGACUGCCAGCAAAGCCCAUGUGAGAACGGAGGAACGUGCAACAAGCUGCUGGACUCCAACGAACAUCUGUGUGAGUGUCGUUCUCGUUACCAUGGAGACAGAUGUGAAAAGAAGAUUGAGAACAAUAACGUCCCAGCUAUUGACAAAGGCCUCACUGUGCCUGACAUCACCACCAUCAACACCAAACUGGAGAAGAUUCUAGACUACAUCCGUCAAAAAAUCCACUGAAAAAGCGCAGCUUGACUGAGUGUGAUCCGCUCAUCGCGGCUUAAUGGGUUGCACGUUUGCCAAGCCAGGAUGAGAAGGUGAAGCUACGUCAAGCCAGGUGUAGAUAGCUGGGAUAAGUGCUCGUUCACGGCUUUCUUAAAUAGACCAUGGUAUCGAUUACAGAUUUACUGAUGCAGAAAUGGAGAAUACGCUUGCGGCAUAUCUUUAACCCGCUGAGCAGCAGCUGUUAAUGGGAAAUUACGAGGAGGUGAAACAUAUAAUAUAUUAUAUAUACUAUAUAAUAUGCAAAAAUGGAAAUACAGCUGUUGUUAUCAGACAGAGAGAAAAAUCCCGCCAGACAAUAGCGGACCGACUGAAUGCGUAAGGAUUUAAAAAGAUCCACUUACUAGUCACUCGCCAUUUUUACAAAGUUGUACACUGUUUUAAUUGCUUUUUAUAUGCUUGUUUUAACUGUUGGUUGUAUUGCUGUAUCUGUUUUAUGUGCUAAAUGUGCUGGUUUUACUGUAAAGUGUCUUUGAGUAGCCUGUAAAUAUUACUAUAUAAAUAAAAUGUAUUAUUAUUUAGCCUACUUUGCCUUAAAAGUGAGAAAUUUACCGUAAGGACUAGGCUUAAUUUCAAACCCUUAUUCAUAAUGCGAGAAUAUGUUUUACAACCAUAUGCACAAAUCUCUCUAAGCUAUGACUAAUUCUAAAUAUCUUUCUACAAUUAAUGUUCAUACAGAACAAACAAUACACACUGUAAGCAUAUCUGUAAAACAAUGUAGCCUAUUAUUAUUUUUUUUUUUUUUUUCUCACUCCCAAGCUCCAAGAUGACAAGUGACAGCACCAAAAUAAAAAGAUUAAGAAGCUUUGUGGCAUUCCAGCACAUUCCCACUCCCAUCUGGUAAAAUACGGACGUUUGGUCAGGGUCCAUUGUCGUCGUUAUUGACGCUGAAAGUCUCCUGAGGAUCCCCCUGCCUCCCCCCCGCCUCUCCACGUUGCAAGGGGCAAAUUUCACGGGGAGAGCAGCGGCGAAAAAGCCCAUUUCCUCCGCAUUGUCCCACUUUAUCUCCGGCGCAUGAAACCAUUUCUUACCAUUUAAAGAACUGUAAUAGUAGGAUUUAAAUCAAACUUGUGACAGCAAUAGUGACAAGUAAUGCAUGUUAAUAAAAAUAAAGCAGAACACAUUCAGAAGACAACGGAAUAACUGUUAAACGCGUUUAUUUUGGAUCAGAGCAGCAGCUGUUUUAACACAUCAGACUCCAGGAUUAAUCUAAGCCUGGCUCUAAGCCUGGCUCUAAGCCUGGCUCUAAGCCUGGCUCUAAGCCUGGCUCUUAGCCUGGCUCUUAGCCUGCUCUGGAGCAGGCUAUCUGCAAAGAAUAAAUCUCCAUGGUUACUUGGCUGGGUUUAAUUCAACCUGCUUUUGUGCAACCAAGUCAAAGCUAAAUUCAUCCAGGAUAACUUGAAUAUCUCAGCUUAAUCCCUUAUCCUGGUUUUUUGCAACAGGCCCCUGAUCUUAACUAUUUCAAUCAGGAGAGACUUCGUUGCAGAUAUGCAAACAUUUAUUAGUAAGAUAUCACAAAGUAAUUACAUACACAAUUUUGGAGAUUAGACUCAAUUGUAAGAGGGGUAUAUAUACAAGUCUAAGGUUUAGGAAAACCAAACAUAUCCCCCAAUGGAAUCUAGACACUGGUGGUGGUGAGAAAAAUCCGUAGAUGUAAAAACGAGCCGUCAGCCUGAGAAGACCGAGAACACGUGCCGAAAAUGCCUGGAGGUAGAAGGGGAGGAGGCGGGUCGCACUCUCAUCUGAAAAUACAACUGACAGAAACAGGAGAGAGAACAGAUUUAAAACAUGGUAGUCAUGCUGUGAUUGGCUUGAACAUACGUGCCCGAUUCUGAUUGGUAUACAAAAACGUAACACCCACCUACCAGCUGAUCAGCUAAAGAGAAGAAAGACAACGUAAUUGAAGUCUCCCUGACAGAAUUUAUGCUGAGCUACAUUUCAAUCAGGAGAGACUUUGUUGCAGAUAUGCAAACAUUUAUUAGUAAGAUAUCACAAAGUAAUUACAUACAUAAUUUUGGAGAUUAGACUCCAUUGUAAAAGGGGUAUAUAUACAAGUCCAAGGUUUAGGAAAACCAAAAAUAUCCCCCAAAACUUGAAAAGAAUUUUAGUGAUUAAAUGACAUGAACAUACGUACCUUAAAGCCGCUACAAAUCUGUAUGGUGAUACAAAACAGAAUGUAUUAAAUAAUCAGUGAAUAAUUAGAGUAAUAAACACACUGAACUGAACGCAGAAUCUAGGUAAAAAGUAACAAAGUCAGACAUAGGAUACCGCAAGAAGGAUUCAUGAAAUAGGAGGAUGCGAUGACCAUAAUGCUGAUAGGAGGACUCGAGACCCAUAUGCACCAUGCUGAGUUUGGCGCGCCCAUGAAUAAGACAACGCACUUUAAUGAUGCAAGACUAACUUAACUAACUUUUAGACUCACUAAAAGUGAAUACAGCGUAGUGAUUAGAAACCUGGGCUGCCACCGCUUCCAACACAUCUACCAGGACUCAGAACCCGACAUACGAAAUACGUACAACGCCGGCGGCUGAGAGUCGCGGCUGGAGGCCAGCUGUGCAGUUCAGAGCGGGCCGUGCGGCGAGUCGGGAGCUACGAACGAGGCAAAAUCCCCGGGACUGCAGUCGUGUGAAAGUACUUCUGGAGUGAUUUCUGCCUGCCAGGCUGCUAGCGUUUGCACACGCGUGCAUGCGCCAGGACUACGGAAAAACUGCUCACAGGACAAGUGCAUCCUCUAGGAUAGACAUUAUUUGCUACCACACGAGACACGGCCGGAAAAGGUGAAUUGAAAUGUGCUCUUAACCUGAAAUGACACACACACACACCGAACCAUACGCAACACAGAAAAACACUAUGCCAUAAGCCAACAACUACUAGUCGCACUCGCACUCUCGUCUGAAAAUACAACUGACAUAAGCAGGAGAGAGAACAGAUUUAAAACAUGGUAGUCAUGCUGUGAUUGGCUUGAACAUACGUGCCCGAUUCUGAUUGGUAUACAGAAAUGUAACAUCCACCUACCAGCUGAUCAGUUAAAGAGAAGAGAGACAACGUAAUUGAAGUCUCCCUGACAGAAUUUACGCUGAGCUACAUUAGUCAAAAUAAUUCAUCAUUUCUGCUUUUUUAACUAAAAACUUAGGUAUAAUGUCAUAUAAAUUAGGUUCAUUGUCCAUGAAUUUAAA